AUGGAAGCAAGGUUACCAAAUCCAUUAUCAUUUGAAGGCAAUGUGGCCGAAAAUUUUAAAAGAUUUAAGCAAAGUUUUGAAAUAUAUCUGAUGGCAUCAGGAAAAAGUGGUAAAAGUGAUGAAGUUAAAGUAGCAAUUUUACUCAAUUUAAUUGGAGAAGAAGGCAUUGAGAUUUAUAACAGUUUGGAAUUAACAGAGGUCCAACAAGGAAAGCUAGCAGAUGUAUUGGAAGCAUUUGAGUCUUAUGUUACUCCUAGAAAAAACGUGGUUUAUGAAAGAUAUUUGUUUUAUAAGCGCAGUCAAGAAGAAGGAGAGCCUUUUGACCACUUUUUAACAGAUUUAAAAAAUAAAGUAAGAAAUUGUGAGUUUGGUGUUGAAGCAUUUUCAAUGGUAAGAGAUAGAAUAGUAUUAGGCACCAAUAGUAAGGAUGCACAACAAAGCAUGUUAAAAACAAUUAAUUUAGAUCUGACUAAAGCUAUUGAAAUAUGUAAAAUGCAUGAAGUAUCCCAAGCUCAAAUAAAAGAAGUUCAGAACAGCUUAGAGAAGGUGAAAAUUGAAUCAAUUGGAAGUAAAGUUAAGCAGGGGCAUAAUUCAGUCCAAACAGUCAGGGGUGCAAGUUCUUCUAGAGGUGAAUUUAACUGCAGAAACUGUGGGAGUGUCCAUGGACCAAGGAGGUGCCCAGCAUAUGGAAAAAAGUGUAGAAAGUGUGGUAAAUAUGGGCAUUUUGAUAAAGUGUGUUAUCAUGGUAGGUUAGUAAGAGAGGUACAAGUGGAAGAAAGUGAAAAUAAUGAAGUAAACAAUUUCAUGAUUUCAUCAAUCACUGUUAAUGAAAUUAAGAAUAAAAAUAAUAAAGACUGGGUGGAAAAUUUAAAAAUUAAUAACAUUGAUAUACCUUUUAAAAUAGAUACAGGGGCACAGGUUAACAUUUUACCCAAGGUUUUUGUUGAAAAAGUUUGCAAAAUUAAUGAAUUAAAAGAAACUAAGAUCAUACUUGAGACAUAUGGUGGUUUUAAGAUCAUUCCUUUGGGUAUAAUAAAACUUGUCUGUAAAUAUAAAAAUAUUGAUCAUUUAUUAGAUUUUGUUGUUGUAAAGGAGAGAUCAACACCUAUCUUGGGUUUAUGUUCUACCAUAGAGCUUGAUUUAAUUAAUAAAAUUGAUAACAUAAAACUGCAUUCUAAAGAAAAAUUUGUAGAAAUGAAUAAAGAUAUUUUUUUAGGUUUAGGUAAAUUUCAGAAAAAAUGUAGUUUAAAGCUUAAAGAAAAUGCAGUGCCAGUGGCUAGGCCACCUCGUAGAGUCCCACUUACAAUCAAGCCUAAACUUAAGAAUCAACUAAUUGAUCUUGAAAAGCGAGGAAUCAUAGCAAAGGUUGAUGGUCCUACGCAGUGGCUUAGUAACCUGGUAAUUGUUGAGAAAACUGAUAAAUCAUUACGUAUUUGCCUAGAUCCUCGUGACCUGAACAAGGCAUUGGAACGGGAAUUUUGUAUAAUACCUACUGUUGAUGAGAUUCGUUCAAUGUUACAGGGUAAGUCAUUUUUUACAGUUCUAGAUUUUAAGGAGGGUUUUUACCAAGUAGAACUGGAUGAGCAAUCCAGUAAUUUAUGUGCUUUUGGCACUAUAUUUGGCACAUAUAAAUUUUGCCGCCUGCCAUUUGGUCUUAAUAUAGCACCUGAAUACUUCCAGAAAUUAAAUUCUGAAAAUUUUGCAGAUAUUCCAGGUUGUAUAGUCUACUUCGAUGAUCUAUUAAUUUGUGGUGAGUCAAUAAAAGAGCAUAAUAAUACACUAAAUAAGGUGUUAGAUAGGGCUAGAGAACUAAAUGUGAAAUUUAACCCAAACAAAAUACAGUAUUGCGUUGAAAGUGUUAGAUACUUGGGUCAUAUCUUUGAUAAAGAUGGGAUGAGAGCUGACAACAAAAAAGUAGAAGCGAUAAGAAGAUUGAAGGAUCCGGAAAAUAAAAAGGAAUUACAACAAAUUUUGGGAAUGGUAAAUUAUUUAAGGGCAUUCAUUCCAAACUUGUCAGAGAUUUCUACGCCCUUAAGAGAGCUCUUAAAAAAAAGGAAUGCAUGGGUAUGGACAGAUAGACAUUCUGAUGCACUAAAUAAAAUAAAAGAAGUAAUUAUGUCAAGUAGUGUGCUUGCCAAUUUCAAUGAGAAGUUACCAACUGUGAUACAGACUGACAGCAGUAGUAAUGGCUUGGGGUGCUGUCUCUUACAGAAUAACAGACCAGUAGCAUUUGCAUCUAGGGCACUAACGACAGCAGAGUCAAAUAUGAGUCAAAUUGAAAAGGAGUUCUUGGCAAUCCUAUAUGCAUGCAAUAAAUUUCACAAUUUUAUCUAUGGAAGAAAAGUGCAAAUUGAUUCUGACCAUAAGCCUUUGGAGGCAUUAAUGCAUAAAGGCAUUGCGGACAUAAUGUCACCAAGAUUACAAAGGAUUAGGGUAAGAUUGUCUAAAUAUGACAUAGAGGUAAAAUUUAAGCCAGGCAAGUUCAUGCAUGUGGCAGAUUUAUUAUCGAGGAAUUUUAUAAAAGAUAAAGUGGAUGAUGAUAAAUUUAUUACAGAAAUAGUUCAUACUAUUGACAUGACUGAUGAGAAGAGAGAGCAAUUUAGGACUGAAGUGGAUGCUGAUGAGGAUCUGAAACUAGUAAAGAAAUAUUGUAUACAAGGGUGGCCCAAAACCCUGUCAAGAGUAAGUGAUUCAAUUAGGUAUUAUUAUUAUAUAAGAAAUGAACUAUAUUUACUUGACGGACUAAUAUUUUACAAAGACAGAGUUGUAGUCCCAAAAAUAUUGAGAGAGAGCAUGCUAAGAUUAUUGCAUUCUAGUCAUUUUGGCAUUCAGAAAACCCAACAGAGAGCAAGACAGAUAUUACAUUGGCCACAAAUGAACAAAAGUAUAGAAGACUGGGUAAGAAAUUGUAGCAAGUGUGAGAUAUUUAAAAGUCACAAUGCUAAAGAGCCACUAUUACUUAGAGAGUUGCCUCAAGCACCUUUUGAAAAGGUAGCAAGUGAUAUAUUAGAUUAUGGUGGACAGUCAUAUCUAGUUCUGAUCGAUUAUUUUUCUAAAUGGCUCGAUAUAGUGAAAAUUAAUUCAAAAACUUCUCAGGUGGUCAUCAAGGAGUUAAAGAAAAUUUUUUCAACACACGGAAUACCUUACGAAGUCAUAUCAGAUAACAUGCCUUAUAAUUCGUGGCAUUGUCAGCAAUUUGCUAAAGACUGGGAUUUUCGGUUUGUAACGUCCAGUCCCCGCUAUCCACGGUCUAAUGGGCAGGCAGAACGAGCCGUUCAAAUUGCAAAAAACAUGCUUAGAAAGUGUGACGACUUAGAUAUGGCACUCCUGGAGUAUCGCAAUACUCCAAUAAAUGGAACAGAUAAAACACCGGCCCAAUUAGUAACUAACAGGGUUCUUAGAUCGAAGCUACCAUCAAAUAAAAAGCACAAAGACAUAAAUCUAAAGGAUGAGUGGGAGAAACUAGAGGCGAAAAGAAACGAAUAUAAAAAUUAUUAUGAUAGAAACACCAAGGUAAGAAGAGAAAUAGUGCCAGGAGAGAAUGUAGGUGUCCGAGAGGGUAGAGAAUGGAGACCAGGAAAAGUUCUGGAAAAAGUGGAUGAGGCACCCAGAUCUUAUUUAGUGCAGAAAGAAAAUGGGGAAGUCAUCAGGCGAAACAGUUAUCACUUAAGGCCUUCCCUAGUUAAAGCGGAAAUUAAGAAGAAUACUGAUUUUGCACAUAAUGAUAGAUCAUUAAACUCCUCAUCUGGGAAUCAGAGUUGUGGAGUAGAGGAACCUUCAACCUCCCAAAUGAAUGCUGAAAAUAGAACUAGCGCUAGACUCAAAAGGGCUCCAGUGCGUUUUAAGGAUUAUCAAAUGUAUUACUUUCAGAAUGAAGAGAGGAUCAAAAUGUGGGCACAUUGUUACAGAAGAAAUUCAGGAAUGAAUACCAAUAUGGCGAUUGAAUCAUUUAACAACUUAUUAAAAACCAACCAUCUAAGGAGAAAUGCUGCAGUGAGAAUUGAAAAAUUAUUGGACACAAUUGACGAUUUAGUUUAUAUCAAAAUGUGGAAGAGAAUUAUAGACAUGGAAAGACCAAAAGCCAACAACUAUCAAGACAGGGUUAUAGCAAAAGUGCACAAAAUAGCAGAAAUGAUGAAAGAAAAAGUGGAAGUCAAGAAGAAUGUGAAGGUGUAUGGACAAUUUCAGACUCGCGAUUAUCCGAGUCUAGGUUAUCCGAGCCCCUCAGUUAACCGAGGCAAAAAUGUGCCUUGGUUUUACCUUUAUUUACCUUUAUUAUGGAGUAAUACAAAAAGGAUCGAUGGUCAGAAGAUAUAUCGGCAGCUGUUAUAUGGGCAAUCAAUUGAAAAUUUUGGAUUAUUGAUAAGAAGAGAAUUAUUCGUAAGGUAUGCUUUAGGUCAAGCUGAUGUGAAAGAUUUCAUGCGCAGAAAUUUCUGUGUGGUGUUUUGUCUACAACUUCCUGUUCCUUUGUUUGGUGACUACCGAUUUGUUUGGUGUCGUUCAGAUCGUCAAAUUAAGAAUCUGUACGUAUCAUGUGAAAUAUCAUUUUUGAUAUAUUUUUUUCCUAAACAAUCUGUAAACAAUUUAAACAAAACUUCAAUAGGUCACGUGACAAAAUCGUCGAAUGAAAAGAUGGAACAUACUGAUUAUCUAACCUCACUAACUGAUGUCAAAAAUGUCAUCCAGUCGUCCAAUGAGAAGAUGGAAUUCAAGGUGAUGCAAUUCAUGUUAUUAUUUAGUAGGCAAGGCAAACUUAGGUUACAAAAAUGGUAUGUGGCUCAUCCAGACAAGCUUAAGAAAAAAAUUACAAGAGAAUUAAUCACAACUAUUUUAGCUAGAAAGCCUAAAAUGUGUAGUUUUCUGGAGUGGAGAGACUUAAAAAUUGUUUACAAAAGAUAUGCAAGUUUGUAUUUCUGCUGUGCAAUUGAACAAUGUGACAAUGAGCUCCUAACCCUGGAAAUUAUACAUCGUUAUGUAGAGCUCCUUGAUAAAUAUUUUGGAAGUGUUUGUGAGCUGGAUAUAAUCUUCAACUUUGAGAAAGCCUACUUUAUAUUGGAUGAACUGAUGCUGGGGGGUGAAGUUCAGGAGACAAGUAAAAAGAAUGUUUUGAAAGCCAUUGCUGCUCAGGAUCUAUUACAAGAGGAUCUAAACGACAGUUAAGAGUUCGUUUCUCUUAUAGGUUAUGUUAAGUACUACUUGCAUAAAUUAUUCUAUUAGUUACUGUAGGCAAUGUUUUUGCCAUGUUUUUAAAGAGCUUGAGCUAAUAAUGUCACCUGCUAAUGAAGAAAUUUAAAACAUAUCAAUCCAAAAAAAUAAAUACAAAAUUAGUAUCAAAGAAAUUAAAAGAAAUUUUUGUGUAAUACUUUUUUUAAGUUUUCCCCUCUUUCCUAGAAAGCAAAAAAUGAGGUAAAUGUCUUCAUUUAUCAUUUCUCUUACUACAUAUACUAUUGCAAAUAUUGCAAAGGCUUAAUACUGAAUUGGUUAUUUAGACAUUGGCAAGUAUGAUUUAAUCGAGUGGAUUGUCGAAUCAAAUUACUGAAAUUUAAGUCAGUUAUCAUAAUGUGAUUCGAAACGGGAUAUAAUAUGAGAUAAAAAUAGUAUAGUUUAUUAUAUGUAAUAUUAACCAGUUCGUAAUAAUUCUGCCUCAUAUAUAUUUGACUAUGAAUUUGAACAUGAAUUAAUUACUCAAUUUUAUGUCAUUUAUUCGUAUUUUUCUUUGCUUUUCUAAAAAAGUUUUUUUUUUUCCAAAUUCACUAUUCUAAAUGCUGUUGUUGUUUGAUCUAAACUGAUUAUUUUAUUCUGCUGUACUUAAUACGUUGGAAUAUGAGUGCCCAAGAUUUUUAUUUUUGCUUAAUUUGUAUGAUAUUAAAUCAUUGGAUUCGAUACAACAAAUAAAUAAAAUUAUGGGCAUUAUUCAAUGUUUCAUUUUCUAUAGCAGUGACAUUAUUUUUUGUUCGUUACUUGUACUGAAUGGUCGCGUUGUUAUGUUUAAUUUUGCAAGUAAUAUUUGUGAAAUUUGGGAACCUAUAUUUAUAAAAUUUGCAUGUUAUUUGAUCUGCUUAAAAUUGCUUGAUAUAGCAUGGACAUAUGCAUGACGCAUACUCAUAUACUAAAGUUUUACUUUAAUUAGCUUAAUAUAAGAAUGCUAUAUCUGAGAUUGUUUAAAGAUUAAAUUUAUAUUUAUUUGUUUAACUCUUCAAUGUUAUAAAUAGUUGUAAUCCAACAAUACUCAUGGUAUACUACCUUUUUUCGUUUUGUACUAAAAUAUGUCAUUUACAUAAUAUUCUGGUGUUACAUUUUGGUGUUGUGUUAAAUUCUGUAAUCCUCGACUUAAAUAUGUUUGUUAAUAAUCGCAUUAUAUAAAUCAGAGUUAACAAGUUAGCUAGACCGUUUUUCACAAAUGGUAUUGUUCAAACCUAAAAAUAUACAUAUGGGUAGUAGGAGAACACCUCCAAUAAGAAAUACGGCUCAAUACGGACGGAUUCAACACAGUAGGGAUAUGCAUACAGAUGUUUAUAUGAAAUAAAUGUGCACAACUUAGAUCAUUUAAGGUUAAACUGUUAAAAUAUCAUAUGCCACUAGAUGAGUAUGUUUAUUCUCCGCUUUUCACUGACACUGUUUCAUGAUACCUUAAUGAUCCUUUUUGACAGAUAGGUCACUUUAUGUCACUAAAGCUACUGGGCAUGUAUUUGGUUCGCUCUUUACAAAUGAUAUUAUAUGUUAUGCCUGACUUUCUCGUUUAUGCUAAAAUAUACUAGAUAUGUGUAUAAAUAUAUUACACAUUAUUUUCCUUUUAAAUAUUGUAUAUCUUGAAAUUUCUUCUGUUUUGUUCUGUUAAGAAUAAGUAUUUGCGUAUUUUAAUUAUUAGUGACUAUGUUUAGUUCGGUAUUUCCUGUUCGGUAUUUCUUUUUCUCGUGUAGGAAAAAUGGCUAGCGGAAAUUUUUAUUUAACUAGAUACUAUUACGAGCGGUAAGUCGGAAAAUAGUUCAGAUGUUUUAAUUUUGCACCAGUCAUCUAAGUAGUAAGAGUAUGCUGAAUUCUAAGCGGAUUUAUUAAAUUUUACUUGCCUAUUUUCUAGAUUUGUAUCAAGGAUAUUUUUUCCAUUAAUAUUUCCAAAGUAACAUACCAGCGCUAUUCUCUUCUUGUUCUAGGUUUAUAUACUAUAGAGUUAUUAAAGAUUGGCCGUUUUAUGUCUCUAGCACAUUAGUACUAGUCUCCACCCCUAGGAUAUUUUUUUCUCAGAUCAUAUUCUAAUAGGGCAUUGCAUUGACAAUUGGUUGGUCAAUGUUUGUCGGGGUCUGUAGAUAUAAUUAGUUUUAGGUUUAUUUUUAUAUCUCACCUAUUAUAGACAAUUCCUCUUCUUGCUUUGUUUCUUUAUAUAAGCCUACAAAAUGAUAAAAAAAUAUUUUCAGACUUCUUUCAUUUGUUGGUCAAAUUCUGAUUCUAUUUAAAUUCGUUAUAUAUUCUUAUGGCAAUUCUUGGUUAUACCAAUUUCAUGUCAUUGUACUGUAUUGUAUUUGUGUAAUCUUAUAUUAGAAUAGUUCUAUACACUAUACCAAACCAUAUAUUUCUCAUUUCUAAUCAUUUAAGCUGAUACUAUUGAAACAUUUUCUCACCAACAAAAGGAUAUUUUUAUAAAAAGUAUCGAGAUAUAUAUAAAUAGAGAAAAAUAUGAAUUUAAUAGUUAUCGUACUAGUCUCAGAUAUAUUGUUGAACCAUUAACUUUUUAUAUUUAACUCGAAUAUAUUAUUUUAUAUACAAUACGAUGUAUUAAUGUUACCAAUGCUUAUUAAUGUUGCUUUCAUUUCUGCUCCGACACGAAUUAAUUUAGUCGUUAGUGAUUGUACAGUAUUUUCUGUAUUUUGUUUUUAUAUUUUCAUGAUCUAGUAAUUGUUACAAAUGCCAAACUUGAAAAAAAAAAUGGAGGACUAAUAUGAACCGUUGUUUUGUAUAUGAUACAAAUUAAAUAUAUUAGUUAACUCGAUACCAAUAAAUCCAUUUGUGUUUUUUUUUGUAAUAAGCAUUUAUAAGAAAUUGUAACAUAUUUAAUAAUAUUAACAUGAAGGGCAUUAAUAGUACUUAUAUUUAUUUCUUUGCACAUGUAUUACUACGGUUAUAAUGGAUUAAUGAUAUUUGACACGUUUAUUUCUCUAAUUAAUCUCUUCUGUUUUUGUUAUCAUGCGCAAUGAUUUAUUUUGCCUUAUUAUUCCUACCUAGUCGUACCAUAUUUUUAUUUAUUUGCUCCUUAACCAAUAAAUGACGUUUCUGGUGUAAGUUAUAAAGUAAGUAAUGUUUUUAUUAAAGAUAUUCUUUUUCUAUAUACCCUAUAUAGAACUAGUUAUUUCUUGUAUUAGAAGUAUGUGUCUAAGUGUAGGCCUAACUCGGUUUCUACCAUAUUCUGAGGUCUUCGCUCUAACUCCAUAUGAUAUUCAAAAUCUAUCGAAAAUUUUUAGUGUUCUAAGUAUUGACUUUGCCUAAAUUUACUUAUUCAAUUAUCACGGGUUGAACUACAUAGGUCUGACAUACUUAACUAAUUUAUUCUAUACACUGUGAUAUCCCACUACCAUUAUUUCGUCCUGAUAUCGUUUCUGCUAUAAUGUUUAUUCUCAUAUAUUUUGAAUGUGUAUCCAAGAAAUGUAAAUAUUUAUUGCAUUGUGUAGCGAAAUAUUUAGUGUCAUAAUAGUCCUCCUAUAUGAACUGAGCAAAAUAUGUAUAUAGUCCAUUAUAAAGACUGCAUCAUACAAUUUUACCAAGAAUUACUUAUAGUUUUUCUUUACCGGUAUUCUAUUGCAAUAUGCUUUAAAUUAUGGCAUAAUGUAGUUAACUAAUCAAUGGGUCAUUUUUUUUUAUAAAAGACCAAUAUCUAAUUCUGAUUUUUAAGCCAAGGAUUAUAUCGCAUAUAUACCAAAUCGGAAUAUGAUAUUCAUAUUUUCUAAUUUACCUUCUAUUUACUUUUUCAUAUAAAUAAAAUAUAAAUAAAAAUUGAAUAUCUUAUUGAUUUGUAUUGCAGAUAUCCUGACUUAGUUUUUGAUACUUCCCUUCACAGAUUUUUUAUUGCGAUUUGAUGUAAUAUUUAUAUAGAUUAGAAUUGUUCUAUUCUGAAAAUACUAUUUAAUAACCUAUAUUUCCACCUUAUACUCUGAUUUCUUGUCACAAUUGAAUACCUUUAUAUAAUUUCUUGUUAUUCCGAGUUAGGAGUAAAACAAUAUUUUUAAUUGCAAGUUCAGAAGAGUCAAUUGACUCCGUUGACAUAUACAAUUAUCUUCUCUUCUUACAAUAAAACAUAUAAUCUAAUAUAUUUGAGAUAUUAUAGUUUUAGUACUACAAAUAGUACAUAAACCCAUAUAAUUUUUGGAUUUGACUUGUAGUUGAUUCUUAUAUUUUAUUCUAGUCAAGAUUAGAGUCAAGUAAUUUGAUGGUUAUCUUUCUAAUCUUCUGUUGAAUAUUAUUAAUUUAAACAUUAUUUUGGUUAUCUUUGCACGGACUGAAUAAAAAAUUAUAGUCGAUAGUUCUGCCACCAGUCAAUUAAACUAAAGCAUCUUGCAAAUUGAAUGAAUAAAAUUAAAUUACUAUUAAAAUAAUCAUUUACUUAUACAAUUAGCAGAUAUAUCUAUUACUUUUUCUAAUUUAAUAAAUUAUAACAAAGUGUUAAUAUAUUAUCAGUAUUUGCUUCCCAUAAUAGAAUGUACUAGUUAUAGUUGUAAUGUAAAUUGAAUAUUAAUAAAUGAUGUUGUUUUUA